UCAAAAUUCCCUCUUUGUCUCAGUCUCAGUAGUUAGUAUGGGUGUGAAGAACUUGUGGGAUAUCUUGGAAUCAUGCAAGAAAACUCUACCACUUCACCAUCUCCAGAACAAGAGGUUGUGCAUAGAUCUCUCUUGCUGGAUGAUUCAGCUUCAAAACGUUAGCAAAUCACACUCUUGUAUAAAACAGAAGGUUUAUCUCAGAGGUCUCUUUCACCACCUCAGAGCUCUCAUUGCUGUUAAUUGCACCAUUGUUUUUGUUACAGAUGGAUCCAUUCCUGCUAUUAAGUUAUCAACUUAUAGACGCCGCCUAAAUUCAGGAAGUGAGGUGAGAAACCUUGUGUGCAGAUGCAAUCACUGUAUGUUGUUUACUUUCUUUGUUACUCAAGAUGAUAGAAACUUGCAAAAUUUUACCUCUCUACGAAGAAAUAUGGGAUCUGAGAUUGAGGAAGCUGAAGCACAGUGUGCAUUGCUGAACUCAGAAUCGUUAUGUGAUGGAUGUUUCACUUUGGACUCAGAUGUCUUUCUUUUUGGUGCAAGGACUGUGUACAGAGAUAUAUGCCUUGGAGACGGUGGUUAUGUCACUUGCUAUGAAAUGAGAGACGUAGAGAGACAGCUUGGAUUUGGAAGGAACUCAUUGAUUACCCUUGCACUACUUCUUGGCUGUGACUACUCUCAAGGAGUUCAUGGUCUGGGUCCUAAGUCCGCUUGUCAGAUUGUUAAAUCAGUUGGAGACAAUGUUGUCCUUCAAAAAGUUGCCUCUGAAGGACUGUCCUUUAUAAAAAAGAAAAGAAGUUCAAAGAAACAGGGGGCUGUUUCCAAGUGCAAUAAUAGCAAGGAGAACUCACUGGAUCAUGAUAUGAAUGUUAAUGGAAUUAAGCAUGAUUCACAAAGGGAUGACCAGCACUUGCAAGUUAUUGAUGCAUAUUUGAAGCCCAAGUGCCACUCGGCAGAUUCUGAUGCUGUGCAUAGGGCUCUUGCUCAAUAUCCUUUUCAACGUGCCAAACUUCAGCAGAUAUGUGCUCAGUUUUUUGAGUGGUCUCUUGAUAAAACAGAUGAGUAUAUCCUUCCAAAGAUUGCCAAACGAAACUUACGGCGAUUUUCUAAUUUGCGAUCAACUUCAUCAGAUCUAGGACUGAAGCUUCCAUUACACAAGAUACCGGUUAAAUGCCCGGUCUCAAAAAUUAUCAGGCAUCGAAAGGUUCAGGGAAGAGAUUGUUAUGAGGUCUCAUGGGAGGAUUUCGAUGGACUUAAGACCUCCAUAGUACCAGCGGAUCUUGUAGAGAGUGCUUGUCCUGAGAAGAUUGUGGAAUUUGAGGAGGAAAGAGCUGAAAGGAAGAAACAAAAUCACAGGAAAACUAGGCCAAACAAAUCAGAAAAGGGAUCUUCUGUGACUGAAAUUGACCUAAAACUCCAAAGACUAUUACUUGACAUCGAAUUAGAAAGCAGUUCUGUUCACAAUGCCUCCUUUUCUUCAAAUGUGGAGAUAUCAGAAAGCCGUACUGCUGCACCAGAAGUUGAUCUAACAAACCAAGAUCUGUGGCUUGAUCCAAAGGGCAGUGAUGAUAUAUCUUGCAAUGAAGUUGGUCCAAGUACUGCUAAGAGUGAGGUCAUUGAUCUCUUAAGCCCUUCCCCGCCAAGACAAUCCCGUAUAGUAUCCAAAUUUCCAAAAUCAAAUGGUCAAUGUAUUGAUGUAAUUGAUUUGAGUGAAUAAGAAACUGAUGUGUCUCCUGAACAUGAGAAGAUGGCAAGAGAGUUAAGAUUGUUCUUAGCCAGCAUUAGGGAUGAAAUCUCUUGAAUAGCCAUGAAGAAGUCUAAUGUAAUUGUAGUUUGGAUUUUCCCAAUGAAACUGAUUCCAUGUCAUGUACCUCUUCAGUCUCCUCUUUGUGGUUAGUAGAGACAGCGUGGUGUUUCCUUGUAUACAUCCUGUGUACUAAGGUUUGUUCUUUUCUUUUAAUGAAUUUUUUGCUAUAAAAAGAGUGUGUAUUGUGUAACAAUCAUAUUUAGAUGUAUUAACAAGGAUACUGGAUAAAUUAAUCUGAAA